CGGCGUGGGACGUGGAGGGGACAUGGUGCCACCCCUUGGGGACGCCUUGGUGGCACCUUGGUGGCAUCUUGGUGGCACCUUGGGGACACAUUGGGGACAUCUUGGGGACACGGUGGCACCCCUUGGGGACGCCUUGGUGGCAUCUUGGUGGCAUCUUGGUGGCACCUUGGCGACAUCUUGGGGACAUCCUUGGUGGCACUUCGGUGGCACCUUGGGGACAUCUUGGGGACACCAUCGAGGGGAUGUCGUGACUUGGUGGCACCUUGGGGACAUCUUGGGGACAUCGUGCCACCCUUUGGGGACGCCUUGGUGGCACCUCGGUGGCGUCUUGGUGGCACCUUUGGGACAUCUUGGGGACAUGGUGCCACCCUUUGGGGACGCCUUGGUGGCACCUCGGUGGCGUCUUGGUGGCACCUUGGGGACACUUUGGGGACGUCUUGGGGACAUGGUGCCACCCUUCGGGGACGCCUCGGUGGCACCUAGGGGACACUUUGGGGACACCGUGGAGAGGAUGUCGUGCCUUGGUGGCACUUUGGGGACAUCUUGGGGACACCAUGGAGGGGACAUCGUGACUUGGUGGCACCUUGGGGGUGUUGUGUCACCCCCCUUGGGGACACCUUGGUGGCACCUUAAGGACACCUUGGUGGCACCUUGGGGACAAUCAUGGAUGUCGUGCCACCCCCCUAGGGGACACCUUGGUGGCACCUUGAGGAGACUGUGGGACGUGGAGGGGGACAUUGUGCCUUGGUGGCAUCUUGGGGACAUUGUGCCACUCCCUUGGGGGCACCUUGGGGACAUCAUCAUGCCACCACCUCCUUGGGGACACCUUGAUGGCACCUUGGGGACAUCUUGGUGGCACCUUGGGUACAUGGUGCCAUGCCCUUGGGGACACCUUAAGGACACCUUGGUGGCACCUUGGGGACACCUUGGGGACAUUGUUGUGCCACCCUUGGGGACACCUUGGUGACAUCGUUCCACCCUUUGGG